GUAAACAAAUAAGUAGAAAAAAAGUUCUUCAUUCCUCAGUCUGACCUCCAUUAUGACAAGUGAAUUACCAAAGAGCUCUUCCAUGUCUCUCAUUCUAUUUACUUACUGAAUCUUACAUUCCGCGCGUUUAAAUCUGCGAUCCAUUAGAGAAAUGAGACAGAGAUAACAAGGUGUAGAGCUGGAAUGAACGCAGCAGGCCAAGCAGCAACAGAGAGGCUGGAAAGCAGACGUUUCCAUCUGUCUCCAGACUACAACUCGUAAAGGUCCGCACUCCCGCUUGAUUGUCUCACAGCGACAGCCUCAUUUGGAAAAAGGCUCUCACACAGAACAGUUUGAACUCACAGCCAAGAGGUCUAACCUCGCUGCAAUUAAUUGGACAUGAAGUUUGAAAUACUCCGCUUUUCUUUGGUGGUCGGGACAAGUGUUGCUUUUAAUGUCUUUGAGCCACAUAAGGAACGUACUGGAUGCUCUCUAGGAUAUUUUCCUUGUGGAAACAUUUCAAAAUGUUUGCUGCAGCUUCUCCACUGCAAUAGUGUGGACGACUGUGGAAAUGAAGCCGAUGAAGAAACUUGUGAUGACAACAGUGGAUGGUCUGAGCUUUUUCAGUUAUAUUAUGGAAGAAUUUCAAAAUAUGAAACACCAGUUACCAACUGCAUGCUUGGGAAUAUUUCAGAGAAGUGUCAAUGCAAAGGCUUGGAACUCGAGUGUGAACAUGCUGAACUAUAUUCUGUUCCCCUGGUUUCAUCCAAUGUAUUAGCACUGAGAUUGCCAGUCAAUAAGCUAAGAAAACUUCAUGCUGACAGUUUUAGCAACUAUCAAGACCUUCGGGAACUAAGCCUUAGAAACAAUGAAAUUACAUCAAUUUCUGAACGAGCAUUUAAAGGACUGCAUAUUCUGACUAAACUGUAUUUGAACAACAAUCGCAUAACAUACCUGCCACCAGGUGUGUUUGAAGAUCUCCAUCAAGUCGAAUGGCUAAUUCUUGAAAACAAUAGAAUCCAAACGAUUUUCCCCCAAACCUUCCUAGGACUCAAGUCAGUUGUUCUCUUAGCUUUGCUGAACAAUUCCUUCCAUCAGUUGCCUGAUAAGCCUAUCUGUCAAGAGAUGCCCAAUUUAAACUGGCUGGAUUUUGAAGGCAAUCAAAUUGAAUCUGUGAAGAAUGGAACUUUUAUGCAUUGCAGCCAAUUAACUGUACUUAUUCUCCGCAGGAAUCAAAUCAACUCUAUACAUGAAAGUGCUUUCGCGCCAUUACAAAAGCUAGGAGAGCUGGACUUGUCUUUAAACAGGAUUCAAGAAUUGCCGCAUAAUCUUUUUCAGCAACUUAAGGAACUCCUACAAUUGAACAUUUCAUUCAAUAUCAUGAAGUAAAUCCAUACAGACCAAUUUGAUUGCCUGGAGAAUCUAAAGUCACUUAGUAUGGAUGGAAUGGAUCUUCAGGCUCUACGUAACAGGAUAUUCCAGCGUCUUACAAAUCUAUCCCAUAUAUAUUUUAAGAAAUUCCAAUUCUGUGCUUAUGCCCCACAUGUUCGUAACUGCAAACCUAACACUGAUGGACUAUCGUCCUUUGAGAACCUGCUCGCUAAUGUUGUCCUCCGAGUUUUCGUUUGGGUGGUUUCAGCUAUUACAUGCUUUGGAAACAUCUUCGUCGUUUGCAUGAGAUCUUACAUCAGAUCGGAGAACAAGCUUCAUGCCUUGUUCAUGUCUCUUUGCUGUGCAGACUGCCUGAUGGGAAUAUACCUUUUACUACUUGGAUCAUAUGAUCUUAGAUACCGUGGCGAAUACAGGAGACCCGCUCAAAUGUGGAUGAACAGCGCGUGUCGGAUAACUGGAUCUUUAGCAAUGCUUUCAACAGAGGUGUCUGUAUUACUUUUGUCUUUCCUGACUUUGGAAAAGUACCUCUGCAUUGUUUAUCCAUUCAGUAAUCUGAACCCAGGAAAAUGCAGGACAGUUUCUAUUUUGAUUUUCAUUUGGUUCGUGGGAUUUGUCAUUGCAUUCGCUCCUUUGAUGAAUAAUGACUUCUUUAAGAAUUACUAUGGCAGAAAUGGAGCGUGCUUCCCACUGCAUUCAGAACACUUGGAGACUUAUGGAGCACAGACAUGUUCAACUGUCAUUUUCCUUGGUGUAAACCUUGUCGCUUUUAUAGUAAUAGUAUUUUCCUAUGGAAGUAUGUUCUACAAUAUUCAUCAAACCAGUACAGUGGCAACAAAAAUCAGCAAACACAUUAAAAAGGAAGUGACCAUUGCCAAACGCUUCUUCUUCAUCAUCCUCACAGAUGCACUUCGCUGGAUCCCUAUUUUUAUACUAAAAGUUCUGUCUGUACAUAAAGUAAAAAUACCAAGUACCAUAAGUUCCUGGGUGGUUAUAUUCAUAUUGCCCAUUAAUAGUGCAUUGAACCCAAUCCGCUACACUCUAACAACUCGAACUUUCAAGAAAAUGAUACUACAGUAUUGGUACAACUAUAAAAGAAGAUCUGUAAACAAACGAAGUCAGAAAAUCUAUGCACCAUCAUUCAUUCUCUUAGAAGUUUGGCCAUUGCAGGAGAGCGUACCAACAGUAGGAAAAAAUGAACUUUUACAAAAUCCUUCAGAAACCUCUCUGACUCAUGAAUCACCAUGA